AUGCAGCGGUACAUUUUGCGAAGAUUGGCCCAGGGUAUCCUCGCCAUCUUCGUCAUCAGCACAGUGACGUUCGCACUGGCCCGUGUUUCGGGGGACCCUCUGAAUGUGUUGUUGCCCGAAGAGGCGUCCGAGGAGCAAAUCGCCCUCACCAAGAUCGAAUGGGGGCUCGAUAAACCUCUUCACAUGCAAUACAUCUUGUUCCUGGGGAAGUUGGUCCAGGGGGAUUUGGGCGAAGCAUUGGCUUGGCCCAACACCUCCGCCACCGAACUGAUCAUAGAACGCCUCCCCAACACGGUUCAACUCUCCGCGGCCGCAUUGUUGGUCAGCGGUCUGAUCGCAUUUCCGGUCGGCGUCCUCGUGGCAAUCAAAAAGGACACAUUCAUAGACUUCGGCGGCAAGAUGUUUGCCAUCUUGGGUCAGUCCGCGCCGUCAUUCGCGGUGGGACUGAUUUUGAUGUGGAUAUUCGCCGUUCAGUUGGAUAUCUUCCCCACUUCUGGGAACGGCGGGAUCGAAUACAUGGUGCUGCCCGCGAUAGCCUUGGGCUAUUACAACGUGGCAGCGCUGAUGCGACUGACCCGUUCGUCCAUGCUCGAAGUGCUGGACACGGAGUACGUGAAGCUGGCGCGGAUUAAAGGCGUUCCGGAAUGGAAGAUCGUCUGGAAACACUGUUUCCGUAAUGCUCUCAUCGUACCGAUUACGUAUUUUGGCCUCAUUGGAGCAGUGCUGAUCACGGGUUCAGUCGUCAUUGAGACCGUGUUCGCGUGGCCCGGCCUGGGCGCCUUGGUCAUCGACGCGAUUUUGUUCCGAGACUACGUCGUGGUGCAGGCCGUCGUUUUGUUGUUCGCGACCGCAUUCGUGUGUAUCAACAUAAUGGUUGAUGUGCUUUACGCUUAUAUCGACCCUCGAAUCCGCUACGGGUAA